AUGGCCUGGCUUCUCUUCUUCUUCUGGGCCCUGGUGGUGACACCGAAUCCCACCGAUUCCUUUACUUCUCCGGUCUCAGAUAACUCUGAGACCCUGAUCCACAACUCCAUGACCUCUCCUGGUUCGGUAACAAGGGACUCUAAGGUUGACAACACCGGGGACCAGAUCUCAACCUCAGUUCUCAAUCAGGUGUCCCCUCUUGAGACAUCCACUGGUGCUAGUACUGGCCCUCCUAUACCUGGGACAACAACCUUCCAGGAGGCUUCCUUUAUUACCUCCUCGAUGCUCUCAGAAACCUCUAAUGCAAUUAGUGACCCUGUCCCCACAACAACAAACUCUCCGGAAUCUCACACUGUGAUGGAUGGAACCACAGCUAACUCUUUCAAUGGGUCCGGUGGACCCCCUGUCGCUAUGACAGCUAGCUCUCAGGAGACCACCAGUGGAACCAGUGAACUCCCCGUCACCAUGGCAACUCGCUCUUUGGAGACCUCCUAUGGAACCAGUGAAUCCCCCAUCACCAUGGCAACUCACUCUCUGGAGACUCCCAACGGAACCAGUGGACACCUUGUCACCAUGGCAACUGAGUCUCUGGAGUCCUCCAGUGGGACCAGUGUCUCCAUUGUAAAAAUAGUCUCUAUGGCUACCUCAAAGACCUCUACAAGCACAAGCCCUACGCCCACCUCACAUUCACAUCAGGGCUCGAGUGGCAUGCUGCCGGUGGCUGUGCUUGUGGCCCUGCUGGUGGUCAUAGUCCUCGUGGCCCUGCUUCUGCUGUGGCGUCGGCGGCAGAAGCGCCGUACUGGGGCCCUGACGCUGAACAGAGGUGGAAAGCGCAAUGGGGUGGUAGAUGCCUGGGCUGGGCCAGCCCAGGUUCCUGAGGAGGGAGCCGUGACAGUGACAGUAGGAGGGUCUGGGGGCAACAAGGACUCUGGAGACCCUGUCGGGGAGGGGCUUGGCCAGCGGCCCUCACUCACCACUUUCUUCAGCAGACGGAAGUCUCGGCAGGGUUCCUUGGCACUGGAGGAGCUAAAGUCUGGGUCAAGCUCCAGUCUAAAGGGGGAGGAAGAGCCGCUCGUGGGCAGUGAGAAUGAAGCUGUGGAGGCUGCCUCUUGUGAGGGGCCGAAAGCCGGAGACGAGACUGUGCCUCGUGAAUAG